AUGAGCUCGAGGGCGCUCACUUGGUCGCGGGCUGCUCAGUCCCCGCUCACGUGGCAUUCGGCCGUACUGAAUGCUUGCGAUGAAGCUCAUUCAGCUCCCCGUCGCUGUUUCUCUUUCGCGUGCGAUCGCGGAGUCAGCCAGAGCGCCGACUUCUCGUCUACCAGCCACAGCUAUGAUCGGCUCGGCCGUCGUGCAAAGGAGAAGUUGCUCGAUCGGGAGUUCUUUAUGAGCUUAUUGAACUCGGCGUCUACUAAACGCGAAGCGAAAUCAUACCUCGCCCGGAUCAAAGCGCAGCACGGAGCGAACCCCCCAAAGAAACAGUCAAGUAAACAAAUCGAGCAGACCAUUGCCAAUUCACUACCUUCCGGCGUCAACUUGGGGUCAUUCUACUGUCCGUCGAAAUCCAUCAACGAUGCACCCGUGUUCCUUCAUGAUUCAACACCCACCCCCACACGGGGGGAGUUACCAGAACGACUGCACCUAGCCUUGGUCAAAAUCAAAACCCCGCAGCUGCUGGAUGAUCAUACUUUGACUGGCGUGGCCAAGACCCUCUCCCAGCUCAACCGGCUGGGGAUGGCCUGCUGUGUGGUUGUUGACCCUGGGUCGGACGGAGAUGCCAACACGCUGCGGAAAAUAGCUACCGAGCAGGUUGGUCGCAUUUCGACGGCAAUUGACGCUCAGCCUGAUUCGAUGUCCGCAUAUCUGGCUUCGGUGUUGUCCUUGUCAGCUAAGACGCCAAACAUACCCACGGUCUCGUCUCGCAAGCAACUCCUUGGCCCGCUGCGGGAUGGCCAAAUCCUGAUUGUUGCGCCAAUUGCGUACACGGAAGACGUGCCAAAGGCUGUGAUAGUACCCGCUAAUGAUGCAAUUUUGGCUUUGACCAAGGAGUUUGCAGGCCUGGCAUUGACACCAGAUCCUGACGAGGAUCCCCUGGUGGUGGCCAAGAAGAUUAGUGACCUACAGAAGGAAGUGUCUUUGGACCGUGUUGUCCUGUUAGAUCCUCUCGGAGGCGUUCCAGCUUUUCGUGGGCCUCAGACGUCGCAUGCCUUUAUCAAUAUGGACCAGGAAUUCGAGAGCAUUGAGCGCGAGCUUUCCCAAGUCCGCCAACCGGCGGGUGAGAAACAGGGUACAGGUCUUGCUGAUUCCAUCGUCCAGAGUAAUCCGCUGUCAAAGUUGGUCGAUUCUGAGAUUGCGUCUGCACCUUCGAAACAAGGUCUGUUGCCUCUCAAGGUCGGUGGAAGCACUAUUGAGGGACAUUUGGAGAAUCUGCGACUCUCACAACAAACCUUGGCAAUGCUUCCAUCAGCAUCAUCUGGUAUCAUUACUUCUCCUCUUGAAGUUGCGGACUCGGCACGUUCGCCAGAAGCCACGGAGUUGUCCGUGGGUACACGACGACAGCGGAACCCCCUCAUCCAUAACCUUCUCACCGAUAAGCCUCUACUCUCAUCUUCAUUGCCGUUGAGUCGACGGGCACGCGGCUCAAUAAACCUACCCGCACCGCCCACCACCUUUGUUAAGCGCGGCAUGCCCGUCAGUCUUUUUCCAGAUCCACACGUCCAAGUGUGGACAGCUCACAACCGCCCAGAGUUGAGCCUCGAAGAGCCUAGCAUUGAUCUUCCCCGACUCGUGCAUUUGAUUGAAGACUCGUUCAACCGCAAACUCGACGUACAGGAUUACCUCAACCGAGUCAACGGCCGCCUGGCUGGUCUAAUCAUUGCAGGAGAGUACGAAGGCGGCGCUAUUCUAACCUGGGAACUCCCGCCCGGUGUAAAGGAUGACGGGAGCGAGGCAAGCACGGCACGGAUGGUGCCGUAUCUCGACAAAUUUGCAGUCCUCAAACGCAGUCAAGGUGCUGGAGGUGUUGCAGAUAUUGUGUUCAAUGCCAUGGUGCGCACAUGCUUCCCCAACGGAGUGUGUUGGCGUAGCCGCAAGGACAACCCAGUCAACAAAUGGUACUUUGAACGGUCUCUAGGAACCUGGAAACUUUCGGAUACCAAUUGGACCAUGUUCUGGACCACUCCUGAUCUCCCUGAGAAUCCGCAGAUAUUCCGGGAUUACGAGUAUGUGUGUCGAAGCAUCCAGCCUAGCUGGGCGGACGAUACUGGAGUGAUUGAUUAA